AUGGUACCUGUUGAAAACAGUGAGGGCCCUAAUCUGCUGAACCAGAAUGGGAGAGUCCCAGAGGCUGACGACAGCUGCGGAGCUGGCGGUGGUCUGGUAACCAGAGGUUGCAGCAUGUUUACUUUCCUGUCAUCUGUCACGGCUGCUGUCAGUGGCCUCCUGGUGGGUUAUGAACUCGGCAUCAUCUCCGGGGCUCUCCUUCAGAUAAGAACCGAACUAGACCUGACCUGCCAGGAGCAAGAGAUGGUCGUGAGCUCCCUCCUGAUUGGGGCCUUCUUGACCUCUCUAACAGGAGGGGUCCUGAUAGACAGGUAUGGGAGGAGGAUCGCCAUCAUUUUAUCCUCCUGCCUCCUUGGACUGGGAAGCUUGAUUCUGAUCCUCCAUUUAUCAUACACGGUUCUCAUCGUGGGACGCAUUGCCUUGGGAGUUUCCAUUUCCCUGUCUUCAAUCGCCACGUGUGUUUAUAUUGCCGAGAUUGCCCCCCAGCACCGAAGAGGCCUCCUGGUGUCACUGAAUGAACUUAUGAUUGUCAUUGGCAUUCUUUUUGCCUAUAUUUCAAAUUAUGCAUUUGCCAAUGUUUUCCAUGGGUGGAAAUACAUGUUUGGCCUCGUUAUUCCCUUGGGAAUUUUACAAGCAAUUGCAAUGUACUUUCUUCCUCCAAGCCCUCGGUUUCUGGUGAUGAAAGGGCAAGAGGAAGCUGCCAGCAAGGUUCUCGGAAGGUUACGUGGGAUCACGGACACAACUGAGGAACUCACUCUGAUCAAAUCUUCCCUGAAAGACGAAUAUCAGUAUAGUUUUUGGGAUUUGUUUCGCUCAAAGGACAACAUGAGGACCCGAAUAAUGAUAGGCCUCACACUGGUGUUUUUUGUACAAAUCACAGGCCAGCCAAAUAUUUUAUUCUAUGCAUCAACUAUUCUGAAGUCGGUUGGCUUUCACAGCGAUGAGGCAGCGAGCCUUGCCUCCACCGGGGUCGGGGUGGUCAAGGUGAUUGGCACCAUCCCAGCUACGCUUCUUGUGGAUCACGUUGGAAGCAAGACCUUCCUCUGUGUGGGCUCCUCCGUGAUGGCAGCCUCGUUGAUGACGAUGGGCCUUGUGAAUCUCAACAUCCCCAUGAACUUCACCGACAUCUGCAGGAGCAAUAGUCUUAUCAACCAAUCCCUGAACGAGCCUACAUUUUAUGGACCAGGAGACCUGCCAGCCAAUCACAGUUUCAGGGAGCCCUUUAAAGGGAUCAGUUCUCAUGGCAGGAGCUCCCUAAUGUCCAUGAGAAAUGAUGUGAAAAAGAGAGACACAAUGACUUUGGCAGCCUCACCAAGUGCUGAACUAAACCAAACUGAACAGCAAGUAGCCACAGACCCAGGGGAAGUGCCAGCUGCUUUGAAAUGGCUCUCCUUGGCCAGUUUGCUUGUUUAUGUUGCUGCUUUCUCAAUUGGUCUGGGACCAAUGUCCUGGCUGGUGCUCAGUGAGAUUUUUCCUGGUGGAGUGAGAGGACGAGCCAUGGCCUUAACGAUUAGCAUGAACUGGGGAGUCAACCUCCUCAUCUCUCUGACCUUUUUGACUGUGACGGAACUAAUUGGCCUGCCGUGGGUGUGCUUUAUGUAUACAAUAAUGAGUCUAGCCGCCCUGGUUUUUGUUGUUCUGUUUAUACCUCAGACAAAGGGCUGCUCUUUGGAACAAAUAUCUGUGGAGCUAGCAAAAGCGAACUAUGUGAAAAACAACAUUUGUUUUAUGAGUCACCGCCAAGGGGAAUCAGUGCCAACAAAACUACAAAAAAGCAAGAAGCCCCAGGAGCAGCUCCUCGAGUGUACAAGGCUGCAGACUGAGGGACCCCCAAGGCUGCUUUCUCCAGACACCUGA